UUAGUGCCCAACUGGGGGCAGGUUUUGGAGCUCGGGCCGCCAACCGACCCCGCAGCUUCCGGACGCGGGGCAUGACGCUCCAGGUGGGGAGAUGCACGUUUCUGCUGCUCGCUGCUUGGGCGACCUGCGAGGCAGAGCGGAUGAUAGAUGACGAGACGGUCUUGGCGCAGCAGCAGAUCUUCAUGACGCAGUGGCGGAAGAAGUUCAACAAGGGCGAUGUUGAAUACUGCGGAAAGGCCUACCGUCCGGAUGCGUCCUUCCAUGCCUCCUUUGGACCCUUAGCGGACAAGGUGAAAAAGUUGGUUUACUUGCCAGACCCUGCACAGCUUCAUGGGCAAGAUCAGAUCAAGACCUUCUGGAACGCAAGCCGCAUAGCGCUGGGCUUUGAGGAAAUGGAAGCCUACGAGUCCGAGGGGGAGUACGCCGCCUCUGCGAUGGUUGUGGAUGACGACACGGUCGUUGUCUCAAGUCCUGUGGCCUUCAAGACCAAGUGCUGCAAGGUCAAGGGCCGAAUGCUUUCGGAGACGUGGAUUCGAACGGGGCCAGAGUGGAAGCUGAGCAGCGUGAUGAUGGCGCUGGAGAGUAUGCAGCAGGAGAAAGUGGAUCAGGCGGAGAAGAACUUGAGGGCCCCCGCAACCUCCGAGACCGUCACGGAGCUGCCGGCUACAACGGAAUCGACGACCCCGGCGGCCAACUUGAACAACACCAUUGUUGCAGCAUCAGAUGGCAGCUCCACAGCCAAAGCAGCUGAAGGCCAGAGCACCUUUCUGGCGGGGAUCACCGUUUUGGCCGUUGCCUCCGUGGCGGCCGUGAUGGUCCGCCGCGCGCGGAACCGCCGCGCCGCCGCCAUCUCCGGCUUUGAGUCCAUGCUCGGUUGAACAGCGAGCUGGACGUCUGAGGUUUUGAAAGGACAGCACCAGCCCUGCGGCAUUGAGUCUGCGGGGUCUCCGGGGUCUCCGAAGAUAGAUUGCAUUUUGGGGUA